GCAUUCCGCGAGUUACUUCCGUAUAAUGUCAAAGUGCAUUAACCUCGCAUAUUUUUAUUUCGAAAUCGUACCUUCUUUUCGCCGGGCUUAUUUUCCGAAUCGAUGGAUCCUUAAUUAGUACAGAAAACCUUCAAUAUGUUCGUGUAUCUUAGCAAAAAGAUUGCAAUUCCUAAUAACAUCAAGCUACGAUGUGUUUCUUGGAACCAGGAACAUGGUUAUAUAGCAUGCGGUGGGGAGAAUGGAUUACUCAAGGUUCUCAAACUGGAUUCCGGAGCUGGAAAAGAUGCAAAGCAGAGAGGUCUUGCUGCACCAAGUAACCUUUCUAUGAAUCAAACACUAGAAGGACAUUCUGGUGCUGUGCAAGUUGUUACAUGGAAUUCUCAGUAUCAGAAACUGACUUCAAGUGACGAGUAUGGCCUCAUCAUUGUAUGGAUGUUCUAUAAGGGUUGUUGGUUUGAGGAGAUGAUCAACAAUAGAAACAAGUCUGUCGUAAGGAGCAUGGCAUGGACGUCAGAUGGCCAGCGAAUCUGUAUCGUCUAUGAAGAUGGUGCUGUGAUCGUGGGGUCGGUGGAUGGUAACCGGAUCUGGGGUAAAGAACUCAAAGGAAUGCAGCUAUGUCAGGUGGAGUGGUCACCCGACUCCAAAACUAUUCUCUUCGGAAUGACAAAUGGCGAAGUACACAUUUACGACAACCAAGGCAACUUUUGUUCUAAAUUGACAGCGUACUGUCUGACAAAUGCUACCGGUGCCGUUCACAUUGCUGGCGUUGAUUGGUACGAUGGGAAGUAUGGUCUAGUGGAGCCGGGCUGUCCUACCUUGGCAAUCUGUUAUGAUAACGGCAGAGCACAGAUCAUGCGGGAUGAGACCGAUGAUAACCCUGUUCUGAUAGAUACUGGCAUGUCAGUCGUCAAAGUGAUGUGGAACUACCAUGGGUCAGCUUUAGCCGUGGCCGGCACACAGAAGUCCCUGCAGCAAGAUAAGGACGUCAAUGUCGUUCAGUUCUAUACCCCAUUUGGAGAGCAUUUACGAACCUUAAAAGUGCCCGGUCAUGGGUUGUCAGCAAUAUCGUGGGAAGGCGGAGGAUUACGCAUAGCCCUGGCUGUUGAUAGCUACAUCUACUUUGCCAACAUCCGUCCCGACUACAAGUGGGGCUACUGCGCCAGUACCGUGGUCUAUUCUUUCACCAAGCCUGAUCGAGUGGAGAACUGCGUGGUCUUCUGGGAUACUCUCAACUCUGAAAGGUAUGUGAAGUAUGUGAGGAAUCUGUUAUCAGUGUCGGCGUAUGGAGAUCACUGCGUGUUGGCUACAAGGGCAGAUGAAACCAUGGGACAAGUGGAUCCUUCUGACCCAAUUCAGUAUGUGCUUGUGCUGUGUAACUGCAUUGGAACUCCGCUGGAAUCCAAGUACAUUGAUAUAGAGCCAUCGUUCGUUGCUGUGACCAAAACCCAUGUGAUAGCUGCCUCCAAGGAAGCCAUCUACAUCUGGCAGUUCAAAACUCCCAAGAAGAUAACAGCGAUGGAGGUGAACACAGCCAUGGGACGUAAGAAGGAUUCAAGAGAGAGGGUCUAUCACAUUGAUGAUACUCCUUCAGGAGCUGGUGACGGUGUCCUGGAUUUCAGCAAGGCAUUCGCUCCCACCAGAGAUCCAAUCUGCUGCGUAGCUGCUUCUGACAAGGUGUUGAUCGUCGGCCGUGAAUCUGGAACCUUGCAUCGCUACUCACUCCCACACGUAGCACUGGUCAACAAGCAUGUAGUCAACUGUAGACCUCAUGCCUUAUCUCUAAACUGUACUUCAAGUCGUUUGGCAAUCAUCGACAUCGCUGGGAUCUUGACAUUCUUUGACCUCGACACCAAAUGGGUCAACCCUGAAGGUCAAGAGGUUGUAGGUCAGCCGUUGCAGUUUGAAAGGAAAGACGUUUGGGAUAUGAGAUGGGCCGAGGAUAAUGCUGAACUCAUUGCUAUGAUGGAAAAGACCAGGAUGUACAUCUUUAGAAACUUGGACCCCGAGGAACCCAUUGUGAGUUCAGGCUACAUCUGUCUGUUUGAAGACCUUCAGAUUAAGAGUGUUUUAUUGGAUGAAGUGAUGAAGGAUCCUGAACAUCCUGGAAAGGAGUGCAUGGUAGAGCUAGAUAUCAAGAGUUUGAGAGAUACGUGUGAUCUGUUGGAAAAGGUUGGCAUUGAAGAUGCUGCUCAAUUCAUUGAAGACAACCCUCAUCCAAGAUUAUGGCGUCUAUUGGCAGAGAAGGCCAUGGAAACCCUUGAUCUGAAGGUCGCAGAGCAAGCGUUUGUCCGUUGCCGAGACUUCCAGGGGAUCGAGUUUGUGAAGCGCCUUGGGAACCUACAGAGUGAGACGAUGAGAAGCGCAGAAGUAGCCGCCUACUUCAAGAGAUUUGAGGAAGCGGAAAGGAUGUACAGAGAUAUGGAUAGGAGGGAUCUAGCGGUGAACCUGCGUAUGAAACUUGGUGACUGGUUCAGGGUAGUACAGCUCUUGAAAUCAGGCGGAGGGGGUGAUGACGUUCAGAUGCAACAGGCUUGGAAUGCUAUCGGUGAUUACUAUGCUGAUAGACAGAAGUGGGCUAAUGCGGUCACGUAUUAUCUUCAGGGAAACAAUCAAGAGAGGUUAGCAGAGUGUUACUACAUGCUAGAGGAUUUUGGUGGACUUAACAAGCUUAGUGACGCUUUACCUGAAAACCAUCUACUCUUACCGGAGAUAGCCUCCAUGUUCUUGACCGUGGGGAUGUGCGCUGAGGCCGUCUCGGCGUUCCUCAAGUGCAACGAAAUCAAGAAGGCGGUGGACUGCUGCGUGCAUCUCAACCAAUGGGACCAGGCAGUGGAGCUCGCCAAGACGCAUCAUAUCCGAGAGAUCGAUAGUCUCCUCGCCAAGUACGCGGCUCAUCUUCUCGAGAAGGAGAAGACGCUUCAGGCUAUAGAGCUCUAUCGCAAGGCUAAUCAUUACCUGGAUGCCGCUAAGCUUAUGUUUCAGACUGCUGAAACUGAAGGCAAAAAGAAAUUAAAGCCUCUGAGGACAAAGAAGAUCUAUGUACUUGGUGCAUUGCUGAUUGAAAACUACCAUGAGCAGAUGAAGGUACAAUCUAAACUAAAGACAAAGAAUAAGAAAACAGAGGCAAGUUCUGCUCUCGCUGGUCUGCUAGAGGAGGAAGCUCUGGCUACGUCAGACACUAAGCUGAUAGACAAUGCAUGGCGAGGUGCCGAAGCAUACCAUUUCUUGUUACUUGCACAAAGACAACUCUACCAAGGAUACGUUGAUGCUAGUAUGAAGACGGCCCUGCAUCUCAGAGAGUAUGAUGAUAUUUUGGACCCUGUGGAUAUCUUCUCGAUCUUGGCUCUGGCUUCUUGUGCCAACAGAGCAUUUGGGACCUGCUCCAAGGCUCUCUCCAAGCUAGAGACUUUAGAGGGACUCACUGUUGAGCAGCGGCAGCACUUUGAAGACCUGUCUUUACAGAUCUUUACAAAGCAUUCUCCCAAAGAUGCUCGUAGUAACAAGGUUGAGUGCCCCAACUGUGAUACUGUUAUUCCUGAUUCAAUGGGACUUUGUGUGCACUGCGACACCAAGUUCCCAACGUGCAUUGUUACAGGGCGCCCUCUGUUGGACUAUCAGUUCUGGAUGUGUAGUACAUGCAAGCACAGGGCAUAUGAGAACGACAUCCGAACCAUGGCUACGUGCCCUCUCUGUCACGUUGAAAUAUGAGCAACAGCAUCAUGUAAUAUAGAAGAUACAAGAAAUGUUAUGAGGAGAGCAGUCUGCUUAAUUUAAUUUUUUCGACUUUUAGAUUGAAUUCAAGUUGGGUGUUGACUGGCCCUAGUUCUAGUCAGCUAUGGUGUUUGCAUAUGUAGGUCACAAAAAAAUAUUUCAUAUUUCUUAUAGGGUUUAAAGACCAAGGCCUGUAUUCUUAAGUUCGGUUGAACUUUAGCCAUGGUCUAACUCUCUGCUAAUAUUAUGAGAAGCCAAAAAUAUCAAAUUUUGUUUACAUUGGAUCAUUUGGAUGUCUUGUGUUUACUGUGCUCUUUCCUCAUGCAUUAAAGAUGAAGAAACUAUUUUAGUGAUAAUUUCCAGACAGUUAUGAAUGAUUUGAGCGUCGAAUGAGUUAAUAAAUUGGACUUUUAGAAAUUCAUGUCACGAUUGGCUAUCCAGUUUGAGACCCAAGUUGAAUUAAACCCAGUUUCAGAAUAUGGGCCAUACAUUCCCCAAAGCCCCUUUCACAAUUGCUCGUGCGAUCGUUUGCGAUCAUGUGGUCACAAUAUAUGUUGCACAGAAUCGCAACGGUUGUAAGCAGUUGUACCACCAAUUGUGAAAGGGGCUUAAUCAAACUGUAGCUUCAGAAGAAUCCUCUUUGUUUACACUGUAAGUUGAUUUAUGUUGGACUCCAUUAGACAAAAAUUUACGAUGGAUUACAAAUUAUGAAAGAACACUCCUGAUUGGUCCCUGGUUGUUGUUUUGAAUAAAAUGUGCAUUCAACGAUGACCUUGAUUGGUCACUGUCAAUUAAUGAUUGACUUCAAACCCUUAUGAUACAGAGCCCUAUUUUUCAGCUGUAAUUCAUAUAGCAUGUGGUAAAUCAAGUAUAUUACAAAAUGUUGGUAAAUAUCAUCUUUUUGGCAAUUCCAUGAAAUAAUCUUAAACCUUUCUGUACAUUCCACCCCAAUUUCCCUCCAUUUUGCCUCACUUAACAAACUGCACAAACCAUAAUAAUUUACACAUGUACAAGGAAACAGAGAGAAAUCAUAUUUGGAACGUCUCACCAUAAGGGGUCGGACGUGCAUACUUCAUAUGGAAAUACCCUAUGAAUUUUAUGUGAAAACAUUUAAUUUUCAUAGCUUGUAACGCCCAGCUUGUGCUGUGUGUCUACCUUAGAAUACCAUUAUUUUGACUAAACUUGUAAUGAGCUACAUAAUGAUUGACACAUGAGUAUCCAGUCCUAGGAUACUCAAUAGUAUAUUCAAUUAUUCAUAGGCCAGAAAAUAAUAAUAAUAUAGGAUUUGUAUAGCGCACGUAUCCACCUUGCUAAGCUAGUCUACCGAUUCUGGUGCGCACAGCUUUUUGAGGAAUUACUUCCUGCUGGUACCCGUUUAUCUUACCUGGGUCGAGUGCAGCACAGUGUGGAUAAAUUUCUUGCUGAAGGAAAACACGCCAUGGCUAGGAUUCGAACCCACAACCUUUUGUUUGAAAGGCGAGAGUCAGAACCACUAGACCACGUCACGCCCACAAUGUAUUCUGAAGUCAAGUAUAAUUUAGACCAUGGUGCAAAAAUUAUGAGAAGCCAAACACAUCAAAAUUUUUUUUACAUUUGAUGCUUCUCAUGUUUACUGUGCUCUUUCCUAAUUCUUUAAUGGCGUGAGAUUGCUAUCCUGUUUAGUAAAUCAUGGAGAUCGUGCAUUUUCCUUCCGAUAUACUUAUAUAUUUUCAAAUGUCUAAAAGGGAAUGAAAUAAUUGAAUGUUCAGAAGUCUAUUUUAUGCUCAUCUUUGUAAAAAAAUACUUCAUGGACAAUUUUGGUCAAAUGACCCUUCAUUCCCUCAAUUGUGAUAGGCAGAUUUCAAAGCAAGAUAUUGUGUAAGCAUGCCUUACAUAGCAGGAUGAAGAAAUUUAAUAGACAAGGUGACUAGAAUAGCACACCAAUGAACACUAUGAAUAGAAGGUAUUUGUUGCAUUUCUACUUUGAAUGCAUAUUAUAGCAUGUUGUACAAUGUGAGAUACCAGUCGUCCGUGGACACAAUGUUGUUUUGUGGAUGUAAAUGAAAAACACAAUUCAAAAGAAUAUAUGAAUAAUCAAGACAUCAAAGUUGAUGCUUAUCUCAUUAAAUUUUAAACCACCAUGUCACAAAUGACCUUCCUCUGAUCAUUCACAAAAUCUUCUGAUCACGCACAGCGUGGAACUACGAACUGGCUUAUUGACUGAGAAGAAAAUUCUUGCAAUUAUUGUUUUGUUUUUGUGAGCUGUUAUUUAUCAUUGUGUGGGAUUGUGAAUAUAAAUUUUAUCAGAACUGUAUAUCUUGUCAAUUCAAGAUAAUUGAAAAUAUAUAAUUGUUUCAUUCAUUCAUUGUAUAUAUAUAUAUUGUGUACAGCUGUCAAAUCACCUUGAUAGAUUAAAUGUGUGAAAUUUUCAUCCAA